AAGUGUCAAUUUUGUGAUGGCCACGCUUAAGACAGAUAUUAUGUUAUGUGUUCAUAUCGAGCAUUAGAAUUAAUUGAGCAACAGGAAGAGAAACAAGUCGCAGUUUGCAUCAAAGGAAUAUUCAAUUACUACCUGCAGUUGUGAAAAAUUAACAAAUUUUAUUUAAGGAGACACAAUAGUCAAAAUGACUCUAGGAACCUAUAAUAGGCAUCAAGCCGAACGCAAGAAACAAGCGGCUCUUGCAGCGGCUUUCCCUCAGGGCAUUCGUUGCCAGAAGUGUUUGGAAUAUGGGCAUUGGAGUUACGAGUGUAAGGGGAAGCGUAAGAUACUUGUACGUCCAUCCCGAUCGCAAAUAUUGAAAAAGAAUUUGCAAUCAAAGCAAGAAAGUGCUUGCAGCAAUGGAAAAUGCAAAGUUCCAAACAAAAAGAAAAGGCAAUCUUCAGACUGCUCAGAUUGUUCUGGAAGCAGCUCUUCGGGCAGUUCCUCUGAUUCAUCAUCAGGCAGCUCAGAUUCCUCUGACAGCGACAGCAGCAGUGACUCUGAGAGCAGCAGCAAUGGUAGCAGCAGUGGCUCCGAAUCUUGCAGUGAUUGUUAAGCUAUCAUAUAAAGGAAUCUUCUCCAAGAUGCAUAUUCCUAUUCAAUUGUCUAUAUUAUUUAUUUUUCUACUUGUACCCUUUUUCUUAAUGAGUUCUCUUGCUUUCCGUGUAUAUAAUUUUUUAAAUUUCUUAAAAUUUUUCUUAAUUCGCCGGUAAGUUUUAUAUGAUGCUGGUCAUUUAAAAUUAGUGUAAGUUAUGUGAAUGCUGGCGAUUUUAAUAUUUCGCCAACAUUAUAUGUUAUGAUUGCUGAUGAACUAGGUUUUAUUCUGUGACUUCAGUUGACUCUAGUUGUCUUGUAAAGAAUUGUUGUAAGUUAGAUGUAUUGUUUAUUGGUAAUGAGGGUGAAAUUUGUCUUAAGCUAAAAAUGUCUCCGAUAUGUUGGUGUGAUUUUAAUUUAAGAAAUCUUUUUAACAAUUACAAGUCUAGACAUGCAUAGUUUCGAAGCUGUACAAACAUGCUAUUUGUAGUGUUUAAAAUAUGAUUGUACCUUAUUAAAUUUACACUUAAUUUUCUUAUAAGGACUGUAUGUAAAAUGUUUUCUGGAGUAAAUUUUUUUUUUUUUAAUUUAAUUAGACAUAUGGAAUUUCGAGAAUGAAAAUUAAUUAAAGAAUUUGGAUAUUAAA